CACUUGUUUGACCUACUUGUUCACCUCACACGAAAGAUAGCUUCUAGAAUCUAAAUGUCCUUACAUAUUGUGGAACGACUUUCCAUUCUCUUGUUUCAAGUAGAACAGUUCUUGUACCUGCUCAACACAAAGUGUAUAUAAACGUGACAGUCAGAUUCCAUUCUAACAUUGACAAACAAAUUUAAACUAAAUCUGUGCAAUAUUUCAAAUGUCACUGAUGGCAUUGCUAUUGGCAGUGGUGACUGUCCUACUGUCAUUAAGUCAAACAGAUGCUGCCAAGGAUUACGCUUCGGCCUUAGGAAAAUCUAUUUUGUUUUACGAUGCCCAAAGGUCCGGCAAACUGCCAAGUAACAACCCGAUCUCUUGGAGAGGUGACUCGGCCCUAGGUGACUGUGUGGUGGGAGGAUGGUACGACGCUGGUGACCAUGUCAAAUUUGGACUUCCGGCCUCAGCAGCUGCCACUGUACUUCUUUGGUCAUUGAAUCGAUUUAAAGAUGGCUACCAGAGGGCCAACCAACUGGACCAGAUGUAUGAUAUGAUCAAGUGGGGGCUGGAUUACUUCCUCAACUCCUGGGACCCUUUCAAGAAAGAAUUCGUAGUGCAGGUUGGUGACGGUACCCUUGACCACGGAUUUUGGGGUCGUCCUGAAGACAUGACCAUGGCCAGACCAUGCCUGAAGGUCAACACUUCUUACCCGGGAAGUGAUAUAGCCGGUGGAACCGCUGCUGCCUUGGCUGCUGGUGCCAUAGCCUUCAAAGCCAAAGGUGAUAACGACUACAGUAAUACCUUGUUGACUGCUGCCGAGAGUCUUUAUUCUUUUGCUAAAACUUACAGGGGUCUCUUCACUGGAUCACAUGGCUUCUAUGAUUCAGACGAUGACCGGGAUGAACUCUGUGAGGCUAGCAUCUGGCUCUACAGGGCUACACAGAAUGGUCAAUAUUUGGAAGACGCUAAAACGUUUGUUGACUUAACUCUGGCCUGGGAUCUCAGCUGGUUAAGUAAAAAACCCUCCUGUCAGUUGUACCUGUUUGAAGAGACCCAGUCCAACCAGUACAAAACUGCUAUUCAGAACUAUUUCAACAGCUGGCUUCCUGGGGGUACCGUCACUUACACACCAUGCGGUCUGGCCUGGAGAAGCAAGUGGGGCUCUAACAGAGAAGCUGCCAACACUGCCUUUUUAGCGCUAGCUGCUGCUGAGUCUGGCAUUUUCCCAGACAGACUGAGGAAGUGGGCCGUGGAGCAGAUCAACUUUAUCCUUGGCGACAACAAUCACGACGGCGGCUGCUUCAGCUAUCAGAUUGGCUACGGAACAAAGUACCCCACCCACCCCCACCAUCGAGGCGCCUCUUGCCCUAACAAACCGGCUCCUUGUGGCUUUGAAAAUCUCCAUGCUACUACACCUAGCCCUCAAGUUCUCGUUGGCGCCAUUGUUGGGGGUCCAGAAGCGGAUGACUCAUAUGCAGACAAUAGAGAGGACUAUGUUCUGAAUGAGGUAGCACUAGACUAUAAUGCUGGGUUCCAAGGUGCUCUUGCUGGCAUUGUUCAUCUUCAGGCUAAAAAUAUUUUGCCAGCAACAAAUAACAAAUGUCCAUGUACAAAUUAAAUAAAUAAAUGCUUAUUUUCUAAUUGUUUUA